GAGGCAGCGAGUCCAGGGCCCAGGCGAGGGGGGCAGGCGCGGGUGAGCCAGCUGGCGUCCUCCCUGGCCUCUAAUCAGCACUAAGAAAGGCUUUGCUGAUGACAGUGUUUGCGGGCAGCCCCUGUGCACCGGGGGACGACAGCGGUUCCAGGACAGGCGGCCGGCCACCAUGAGCCUCAGCGAAGAGCAGGUGAGGCGGUACCUGGACCAGAACCCGGGCUUUGCGGAGCAGUACUUUGAAGGGAAGAAGCUCAGCCCCGAGGAUGUGGCCCAGGCCUGCGAAGACGGGCUCCCGGCGGACGGCGCCAGCUUCCGGGAGCUGUGCCAGGUGGAGGAGAGCGCGGCGCUGCUCGAGCUGGUGCAGGACAUGCAGGAGAGCGUGAACAUGGAGCGCGUGGUCUUCAAGAUCCUGCGCCGCCUCUGCCCCGUGCUGCACGCCGACUGCUGCAGCCUCUUCAUGUUCCGCCAGCGCAACGGCGUGGCUGAGCUCGCCACGCGCCUCUUCAGCGUGCAGCCGGGCAGUGCCCUGGAGGACUGCCUGGUGCCCCCCGACUCCGAGAUCGUCUUCCCGCUGGACAUCGGGGUCGUGGGCCACGUGGCUCAGACCAAGAAGAUGGUGAACGUCAAGGACGUGGCCGAGGGAAGCUCCCGGGAGCCAGGACAGCUCAGCCACUGGGAAGAGGGGAGCAGCAGGACCGGCCAGCUGUGCAGAGCAUGGAAAGCCCAGGAGGACUCUCACUUCAGCCCCUUCGCUGACGAGCUGACCGGCUACGUGACCAGGAACAUCCUGGCCACACCCGUCAUGAACGGCAAGGACGUGGUGGCCGUGAUCAUGGCCCUGAACAAGCUGGACGCCCCGUGCUUCACCAGUGAGGACGAGGACGUUUUCUUGAAGUACCUGAACUUUGCUACACUGAACCUGAAGAUCUACCACCUGAGCUACCUGCACAACUGUGAGACACGCCGCGGCCAGGUGCUGCUCUGGUCGGCCAACAAGGUGUUUGAGGAGCUGACGGACAUCGAGAGGCAGUUCCACAAGGCCUUCUACACCGUGCGGGCCUACCUGAACUGCGAGCGGUACUCGGUGGGCCUGCUGGACAUGACCAAGGAGAAGGAAUUCUUCGACGUGUGGCCUGUUCUGAUGGGAGAGGCCCAGCCGUACUCAGGCCCACGCACACCCGACGGCCGUGAAAUCCUCUUCUACAAGGUCAUCGACUACAUCCUCCACGGCAAGGAGGACAUCAAGGUCAUCCCCACACCGCCGGCGGACCACUGGGCCCUGGCCAGCGGCCUUCCAACCUAUGUGGCGGAAAGUGGCUUUAUCUGCAACAUUAUGAACGCCCCCGCGGAGGAAAUGUUCCGAUUUCAGGAAGGCGCCUUGGACGACUCCGGGUGGGUCAUCAAGAACGUCCUGUCCAUGCCCAUCGUCAACAAGAAGGAGGAGAUCGUGGGGGUGGCCACGUUUUACAACAGGAAAGACGGGAAGCCUUUUGACGAGCAGGACGAGGUCCUCAUGGAGUCCCUCACGCAGUUCCUGGGCUGGUCCGUGCUCAACACCGACACCUACGACAAGAUGAACAAGCUGGAGAACCGCAAGGACAUCGCCCAGGACAUGGUGCUGUACCACGUGCGGUGUGACAGGGACGAGAUCCAGCUGAUCCUGCCGACGCGGGAGCGCCUGGGGAAGGAGCCGGCUGACUGUGAGGAGGAGGAGCUGGGGCAAAUCUUGAAGGAAAUGCUGCCGGGGCCCACCCAGUUCGAGAUCUACGAGUUCCACUUCUCCGACCUGGAGUGCACGGAGCUGGAGCUGGUCAAGUGCGGCAUCCAGAUGUACUACGAGCUGGGCGUGGUCCGCAAGUUCCAGGUCCCCCAGGAGGCCCUGGUGCGGUUCCUGUUCUCCGUGAGCAAAGGCUACCGCAGGAUCACCUACCACAACUGGCGCCAUGGCUUCAACGUGGCGCAGACCAUGUUCACGCUCCUCAUGACAGGGAAGCUGAAGAGCUACUACACUGACCUGGAGGCCUUCGCCAUGGUGACAGCGGGCCUGUGCCACGACAUCGACCACCGAGGCACCAACAACCUGUACCAGAUGAAGUCCCAGAACCCCUUGGCCAAGCUGCACGGCUCCUCAAUUCUGGAGCGACACCACCUGGAAUUCGGGAAGCUCCUGCUGGCGGAGGAGGGCCUGAACAUCUACCAGAACCUGAACCGGCGGCAGCACGAGCACGUCAUCCACCUCAUGGACAUCGCCAUCAUCGCCACGGACCUGGCGCUCUACUUCAAGAAGAGGACGAUGUUCCAGAAGAUCGUAGACGAGUCUAAGAACCACAAGGACCGGGCGAGCUGGGUGGAGUACCUGUCGCUGGAGACGACCCGGAAGGAGAUAGUGAUGGCCAUGAUGAUGACGGCCUGCGACCUGUCCGCCAUCACCAAGCCCUGGGAGGUCCAGAGUAAGGUUGCUCUGCUGGUGGCAGCUGAGUUCUGGGAACAAGGUGACUUGGAAAGGACCGUUCUGGAUCAGCAGCCCAUUCCGAUGAUGGACCGGAACAAGGCAGCUGAGCUCCCCAAGCUGCAGGUUGGCUUCAUCGACUUCGUGUGCACCUUCGUGUACAAGGAGUUUUCCCGCUUCCACGAGGAGAUCCUGCCCAUGCUAGAGCGCCUGCAGAACAACAGGAAAGAGUGGAAGGCCCUGGCGGAUGAGUACGAGGAGAAAGUGAAGGCCCUGGAGGAGGAGAAGAAGAAGCAGGAGGAGAAGACAGCGGCCAAGAAAGUGGGCGCUGAGAUCUGCAAUGGUGGCCCAGCACCCGCAUCCUCCACAUGCUGCAUCCUGUGAGCCGCUGGCGGGGCCUGAUAGCUCCCUCACACCCACUGGACUCCGCCUCCCACCACCUGGUACAGGAGUUUGUGAAGCCUGAGAAAGUGAAGACACUUUUGGAAAUUUUGAAUUUAAGGUUUAUGUUUUUGGCAGCUAAAGCCAAUUACAAAUAACACACAGCGUAGCCUGCGCUACACUUACACACAUCUGUCUUUGGAUACACAGUAAUACCAGAGACCUUCGAGUCUGUGAAUGUGUCUAAAGCAUGGGUGGAAACUCUACACAUGUAUUUACGUGUAUAUGGGUAGACGGAUACAGAGAUGCUGUUUCCCAUUUGUUUUAGGAACCAAUAUAUGACCAGAAAUCUAGAAUAAAAUGCAAACAAAUUGCCCUU